AUUUCAUUGGAGCUGGGUUCAGUAGAGCUUGGGGAGCGAGAAGAAAAUGAAGGCUCUUGUGAUGUGGUUUCUAUUGAUAUGGUAUGUUUCUCAGCAAGCUGUCAUCACUCCGGCACUGAGUAGGAGCCUCGAAGGUGGCACAGCUGACGAGAAGAACUACUACCCUCCUGACCCUCACGGAGGGAAUUCGAAUGGGACUCCAUGCACGACGCCGCCGUCGACGCAUGGUUCGCCGCCGUCGACGCAUGGUACGCCACUGCCUCCGUCUCCUGGUGGUGGUGGUGGUGGUGGUCACUACAACCCACCUUCCACACCGGCCAUCACCACCCCUCUCUCUCCUCCGGUGCCUCUCGCCCCGCCUGCACCGCCAUACCAAGUGAUCCCCACUCCUCCGGCGACGCCCAUGGACCCCGAUCCCAACACCCCACCCUUCUCUUGCGACUACUGGAGAACUCAUCCUACAGCGAUCUGGGCUUUGCUCGGGUUCUGGUGCCCUCUCAGCCAAAUCUUCGGCAUGCCGGCCGCCUCAUUCUUCGGGAGCAACCCCAGUUUAGUGGAGGCAAUGUCGGACGCACGCUCCGACGGGAUCGGAGCUCUGUACCGAGAGGGGACGGCGUCGUUCCUCAACUCGCUGGUGGACAGAGACUUCUUCUUCACCACGCAGCAAGUGAGGGAUGCAGUCAACGCCGCGGUUGUCUCAGACGAGGGCGCCGCCGCCCAAGCCGAGCUCUUCAAGAAGGCCAACAAGGGCCACCUCAAGCACCAUUAGACUACUCGCAUCACGUUCUAUGGUCUCAUUUGUGUACUAGUUAGUCAUCUUCCUCGUUCUUUCUUGUGCGCCUGCAAUUUUCGUCUUUCUCGUUCGUUGCAGUAAUCUUUGGUUAUGAGUUCUUCAGGUUUUCCAUGUCAUGCCUGUGUUUCUUAACGGAGUUAAUCUCUACUUAUUAUUAAGUGCAA